UCACGUGCAGCAGCUUAAUCUGUCUCAGUCGAAAAGGAGGACAAAGGUCCCGCCACAGCUUUUACUAUGCAGUAAAACUAACCAGUGGCAACCUUCACACAAAGGAACUCGGCAAGGAGCAGGCUGGUGCGUCUGGAGAGGUGGCGAGAACCAACAGGCCGAGGAGGAGGGGCCCUGCUGCUGGCAGCAGCCCUCCAGGUGCCCAGCAAGAGGCAGGUUGGGAAUUCUGCCCACUCGGAGCUCUAUUUCCCCACCCACCACAGGAGCAACUGGAAAGGCAGACUCAGGAAGCUCUGCAGCCGGAGAGCUCAGGAGGGGAGACUGGAGGCAGAGUCUCAACGGGACAGGGCACCACUUCUCCACACCCCAGCAGCACAGUGAGCCUCGACCAUGCCUUAAUGGGAGACGGAUGCCUCUGGGGGAGCCACAGGAGCAGAUCUUGGGGAUGGUGAGGCCUGCAGGAGACAUCAUGGCCAGGAUGCAGAAGGAAGAGAGUCUGGAGGUACCAAAGGGCACUGAGCCACAUGUGUUGCCAGAGGCCUCCCAGUCUCGAGCAGAGGCACUUCUUGCCAGCCAGGCGCCCAACCCCAAAGUCCAGGCAUUAUCAUCAUCCUCAGCAGCAGCAGCAGCAGUGGGGAACAUGAAACUCCGCCAGUCACAGAAGAGGGACCUGAUCAGGAGCAUGGGCAGGGGUAGCAGAGGUUCAGGGAACUGGGAUGUGAGCUCUGACACAGCCAGGCUCUCCAUAGGCCGGGGCAGCGCGCGGCGGAGAGGUCUGAAGGAGGUUCUGCUGCAGAGCAGUGGAGCCGAGGGCGCUAUGUGGCUUGCAGCUGCUCAGAAGAUAGCCAGCAGCAGCAGCAGCCCUGCCUUGGGGAUGCAACAAGAGCUGGAGCAGAGGUUGGAACAGAGCCCUGAGGACUUGUCCUUAGCCCUAGACCCCCUCGAGCAUGAGUGGAUGCUGACUGUGGCCCAGGGGGACCCUGAGAGCAUCGUGAGGUUGCUAGACGAGGAUCCCAGCCUGCUGAACAGGAGAGAUUUUGUGACAGGGUUCACUGCCCUCCACUGGCUGGCCAAGCAUGGCCACCACGAGGCCCUGAUCGAGGUGAUCACCUGUGCACAGAAGAAGGGCUACCACGCAGAUGUCAACAUUCCCACGGCCAGUGGGGGGCUGACACCCCUGCAUCUGGCUGCCCUGCAGGGACACGAGAUGGUCAUCAAGGUGUUGGUGGGAGCCUACGGUGCCAACACGAGCCUGCGGGACCACAGCGGCCACAAAGCCUGGCAGUACCUGAGAGCAGACGCCUCCAGGGAGCUGAAGGAGCUGUCAGGGGCUUUAGAGGAAGACCUGGCCCAGCUUGGUGUGUGGAACACCAACAACAACUGCAUGUCGUCCAGACAGGCUGGUGGCUCUGGUGCUGAAUGGAGGACCCCGGUGUUCCCCAGACUGCCAUCCUUCAGGAGCAUGUUCAGACAGGCACUUUCGUUCUUCCAAGACCUUUAAAUUGUCCUUUGUGGCUAAGAAUCAGUUUGAUGUUGCCUGUGAACUAGUUUUAAAGAGCAGCUUGGCUGGGGCUGGGGAGCAGGGAAGGAGUGCAGGGGGCUGCAGUGGGGUGGCAGAGGGUUGGUACAGGAGACUUGCUGAGCCGGGACUAACCAAUGGCAGCUGGUGCACUGAGAUUACUCGAGAGCCAUUGGCUAAGGCUUCUGCAAACCUGCAUAGGCUUGGAUCCUGCCA